AUGAAGCAGCCCGCAACGGUCAAAGAACAGCAGCAGGAAGAAGAAGAGAAAAACAUUGUCGGGCCUUUCAGUCUGUGGGACUACCUGCAGGAAGAGGUCCUAGCGACGGACUUUGACUCGACACAGGAACUGAAAUGGGAGCGGGUCACCAAUUUUAUGGCUAUUCCUUUCUGGAUGGAGAAGAUCAUCGCAUUUGGGUUUGUGGUCUGCCUAGAUUCGUUCCUCUACACAUUCACCAUCAUGCCUUUGCGAUUCCUUGUCGCAUCGUGGCAGGCAGGUGCGAAUGCACUGCGCUGGCUGCUGCGCGGUGAGAAGCGCUACCUCAGCUCAUCUCACAAAUGCGAUCUGCUCAAGGCCAUCCUCUUCAUCAUGGCGUGCUACAUUCUGUCGCGCGUGACGGACGCAAGCAAGAUGUACCACAGUGUACGCGGCCAGGACCUGGUCAAGCUGUACGUCAUCUUUAAUGUUCUCGAAAUCGCCGACCGCCUCUGCUGCAGCUUUGGCCAGGACAUCCUCGACACGCUCUUCUCUCGCACCACCUUGGCCCGUCGCAGAGACGGCCGACAGCCGUACCUCCGGCCCUUCGCAUUCUUUACACUUAGCCUAGCGUACGUCAUAGGCCACACGCUCGUGCUCUUCUAUCAAAUGGUCACGCUCAACGUGGCCAUCAACAGCUACGACAAUGCGCUGCUCUCCCUUCUUCUGUCCAACCAGUUCGUCGAGAUCAAAGGCUCAGUCUUCAAGAAAUUCGAAAAGGAGAAUCUGUUCCAGAUGACGUGCGCGGAUAUUGUGGAACGUUUUCAACUCGCACUCAUGCUCAGCUUCAUCGCCGUCCGCAAUUUGAUCGAGCUCGCCGGCGCACAGUCAGAAGGAGGAACCGGUCCGUUGCCAACUUCUUUCACGGUCUUGCCAAGCUUCAACCUGCUCGAGACGAUCUUUACGCCUGUAUGCAUCGUCAUCGCAAGCGAGUGCUUUGUCGACUGGCUUAAGCACGCCUUCAUCACCAAAUUCAACCACAUCCGACCUGCCGUCUACGGGCGUUUCAUGGAUGUCCUCUGCCGCGACCUCGUCAUCGCGAGUCCAGGUCAAAAGUCCAACGCUUACAAGCACACAUUUGUCGACCAGAGUCCCAUCGUCAGCAGGCGCCUCGGCUUCGCAGCUCUCCCGCUCGCCUGCCUGCUCGUGCGCGUCGGCUUCCAGAUCAUGGGCAUGGUCGGUGAUACCAGCCAUUUUGACGAAUGCGCCAUCCCGGAAGCACACCGUCACAGGAUCAGCUUCAAGUUAGCUCGCAGCACAGCAUUUGGCCUUGGUGCGAUGAACGAAGGUGGCGCCGUACAUCGCUCGCUGCAGUUCAUCGCGCAGGGCUUGGCCUGGAUCCUGACGAUCUUCGUAGCGUGGACCUUCCUCGUCGGCAUCAAGAUCCUUCUCGGUAUGAACUUGGUAUCAUACGCAUCGAAGCGCUAUGCCACCAUGUAUGAGCGCGAGCAAGAAGAGAAGCUCAACGCAAGGGAUCGCUCGCCCAUCGGUGUUGGCGCGGAGGAGAGGGUAUACGAUGCCAAACUCGCCGAGUUCUUGGACAAGAGUGCUGACAAUGCACAAAAAUCUACGUUCCUUGGGGCAGAAGUACCCAAUGGACAACCCAGAUGGGCUGAGAGCAAGGGCGGAUCAAAGCAGACCAGUCUGCUCGACGUCAGUCGAUACACCAUGGUUCGCUCUCGCUUGUGGUAA